AUGAGAUGCCAUAGAGGCUUCUGGGCUUAUGCCGGUGAAGCCAGCGCUGAGAUCUCUGACAGCGCUGCCCGGUUUGCGCGGAAGCAAGCCGCCCAAGAUGCACCUGGAGCGAACGAAGCCGCGCAAGACUGGUUGCGAACUCGCGCAGGAAGAGGUUUGCGCUCGCUGUGGCUGGCGGAAGAACCGCCGCGUCGACAGACAUACAUUCUCAACAACGCUGACGACACCUUCCCGCUGGAAGACUACCCAAAAGGCAUCGUGGAUGGCCGCAAGGACCACGUAUCGACGCCGCAGGUUGUGCACGAAGCUUCGGCGGCAGUGCAGGCCGGCAAUAGCUCCAACGACCAGGACAGUACUGUGGAUAAAGCGCUGGAUACGUACCGAGGGGAGCUGGUGCGUACCGCACUCGCCGCCGAGGUUACCGCACUCGCUCGAGCGAUUAGAGGGGGCGCGAUUGAAGACGUUGUGAGCCAGGCAGCGGCUAUAGUGGAAUGCAUGGGAGCGCAGAUCGCGUCAGAGCUGUAUCCAUCGGCCCGUGCUGAGGAGGAGAGGAGUAGCGGCGAUGUGGACAAUGAGUGCCAUAACGAAGCAAGUGCUAGUGACGAAGUGAACAGUGAGAACCAUGAUGACGCAAGUGCUAGUGGCAAUGGGAGCAAUGAAUACGUGGAUGAAAAGAGAAGAUGUGGGCAGUGA